CUCUGAUCCUCCUCCACCUGACUGACCCACCUCGCUGUUUGUGAUCUCGUCACACAAACUCAGCCUUAAUCAAGGCGGCUUUGCUCAGCUACACCCAUGGCCCCCAAGAAAGUGGAAGCCAAGAAGCCGGAGCCCAAGAAGCCCGAGCCUAAGAAAGAAGCCCCUGCUGCAGCUGCCGCCAAGCCAGCUGCUCCCGCCAAGCCGGCGCCGCCCGUGGAGCCCGAGCUACCCAAGGAGCCCGAGUUUGACCCAAAGAGCAUCACCCUGGAAUACACGGCCGACCAGAUCGAGGAGUUCAGGGAGGCAUUCCAGCUGUUUGACCGCACGCCCAAGAAUGAGAUGAAGAUCACAUACGCACAGUGUGGGGACGUGAUGAGGGCCCUGGGGCAGAACCCCACCAACGCGGAUGUGCUGAAGGUGCUGGGCAAGCCCCGGCCAGAGGACAUGAAUACGAAGAUGGUGGACUUUGAGACCUUUCUGCCUAUGCUCCAGCACAUCUCACGAUCCAAGGACAAGGGCACCUUCGAGGACUUUGUGGAGGGGCUGCGAGUCUUUGACAAGGAGGGCAAUGGAACCAUCAUGGGGGCAGAGCUGCGGCAUGUCCUGGCCACACUCGGAGAGAGGAUGACUGAGGAUGAAGUUGAUCGGCUAAUGGCGGGACAGGAGGAUGCCAAUGGAUGCAUCAAUUAUUCUUCUUUCAUCAAGCAUAUCUUGUCUGGCUGAGUUGGACAUAUUGCAACCAAUGGAACAGCCAAGUAGAGAAUCACUUUUAAGCCACUCUUAAAGGAUGUAGAAGGGAUAAAUCAGUGAAAUGAACUUUUCUUUAGAUAGUAUUCAUCUUAAAUUUAAUAUGUUUAUCAUUUACACUUGUAGUUCCCUUCAGCCAAGCUUAUAGGCAUAUGCUGAAAUGUGAGCCCAUUAGAUGACGGUACAGAGUAAAGAAAAAAUCUAGCAAUUUGAUUUGUUCUAAACAGACAGUUACUAAGGGCAGUUUUUUGACUGCAGUCUUGUGCACAUGUGUUGUAGAUAUUGCCCUUAUUUAAAUAUACAUAUUAAAAUCAUAUGAAGUUGUGCAAGUAUUCAAACAUAAAUGAGAUUAAUAAUAUAAUGGCCGUUUAUCAAGGAAGAGAAAAUUUGCCAAUAGUUGACAUGGACAUGUAGACUAAAAUAUUUUGCUGUGUAUCUAAUGCACUAAGAGAGAACCAGACACUGAAAUUCUAAUUGCUAAAAUGCUGGGUUUUUAUUAUUAUUAUUUUUUUUUUUGUAGAUGCAGAUGACUACUAUGCAACUGGAUUGGCAAAAAUAUCAGUUCUGAUCUGAAACACACAGGUCUUUGAAUUGCUCUUUAAAUUGCAAAGAUUUAUCUUCCACUCUGUAUUUGCUGAAUCUUAAAAUGAACCUGAAGUGGAACCUGUGUACACUUUGA